AUGUCUGAAGGCCCAGAGACAGAGUUCUUAAAUGAUGAUGGGCACCAUGAUAUGCCUGACAGCAUGCAUGUGGACAUGACUGUUGAUAAGCUGCAUUAUGACUGUGAGAAUGGCUUCAAUGGAAUUGAUAGCAUGGCUAGCCACCCAGAUACUUUAAUGGACUUGGACACUGUAAUAGAUCCACCAAACACAGAUGCUAUCUCCACUGCCUCCACUGAAGCUCAGGAUUCUCAAGAUGGCCCAAUCCAGCCAGUUUCAAGAACAACAUCAGCACCAAUCAAGGACAGUGAAAUUCAAAAUGAAUACCCACCAGCUUCACUCAGUGAAAUUCAAAAAGAGAGUCCACCAACCCUACCCUGUGAAAUUCAACAAGGAAUUGAUAGCAUGGCUAACUAUCCAGAUACUUCAAUGGACUUGAACACUGUAAUAGAUUCAUCAAAUCCAGAUGCUGUUCUCACUGCCUCUACUGAAGCCCAGGAUUCUCAAGAUGGCCUGAUCCAGAUCAGAGAUGACUGUAAAUAUGACUCCACACCUGUGCAUAUUGUGGUUGAGCAGCCAGUUUCAAGAACAACAUCAGCACCAAUCAAGAACAGUGAAAUUCAAAAUGAAUACCUGCCAGCUUUACCUAAGCACCACUUUCUGGAUGUUGAGAUGAUUAAUAGUGAUGACACUUUACUCUUGAACAUGGGUUAUGAGUUUCUUAACAAGGUGACACAACUGGAAUCUGAGCCACAAACCAGUGAUGAGGGUAAUACUAAGCAAGUUGACCUGGUGGAACUCAUCAAGCCUGGCAGAUUUCAAUAUGAGCAGAUGAACAGUCAAACAUGGUGGAAUUUCACCAGUUUCUUCAUGCUCCUGCAGAAUGAAAAUAAUGAGCAAGAUGAAUUCAUUGCUGAUGAGAUGGAAAUUGGCAAAAUCAUGAAGAUGAUAUUGUACUUUGUCCUGAGUACCUGA